UUGUCAACUGCCCGUUGGAAUGAAGCGACAGCGAAUCGGUAGUCGCUCUCGCGUAGUGUUUGUCGGUGAUUUCAGAUUCCACGUGGUCUUUUGACAUCUUGUUUAUCUUUCAAUCUCAAUGUCUGCAAAGGAUCGAAGAAAGAAAACCUGUCCAGCCACUAUAGCUCUUGCCAACUACGAAGUGGAUUCCAAUUUGGGCGACGAUAACGAUCCAAAUAUUGGAAAUUGAGGAGCGCAAACUGCGACGAAAUCGCUUACGGUACUGUUACUGUCGGAGAUCCAGUAAUGACCUAGUGGAGCCCCAUGAAGAAGCUUUAUGACGCAAGAGUCGUCGAAGUUCCUCGCUGGUACAGUUCAGGGGCAGUCAAGAGACAACUUGAAUUAGAUACCAAGGAAGUCUCUGAAGUAGUCGAGACAAAAAAGAAGAAGAAGAACAGUGCAGCUGUUAAAGCCCGGAGGGAGGCAUGUGUCUCAAAAAGUGCUUUCUUACUCAAAGCUGCAGCUGACUUUGUGUGCAUUGAUGAUUUGGAAGACUCUGAACCUUUUAGUAAAAGUGGCCAGACAAGAGAAAAAUCAAAGGAGUUACUUGAAUCUAGCAAAUGCCUUGAUAUGAGUGAUAUUGUCUAUGGUGAACGUGAUCCAUCUCCUGAAGAAACAGGCCAAGUUGCAAUCAUGGUUGCACUGCAGUCAUUGGAGAAGCAUGUGAAGGAGGUCGUUGAGAGAGUAUGCAAUAUUGAAAAAAUCCUAAAGGAUGCCAAGUCAAAAUCUCUUGCUACCCAUACUCCAACUGCCGGUGAACAAGUAACACCUCAACAGUAUGGCAGUCCGAAGAAUGCAGUGCUUUCUGAUGGAACAGCUUCAAGUACCGUCCCAGUCGGUGAUGUGUCCUGCAGUGUUUCUGUGGACAAAGUAGCGCCGAGAAGGGUGGGGCUGAAGUCGGGGUGGAGGAACCAGCUGGCCUUAGGGCUUCUUGACAUCGUGUUUGAGCCUGCUGUCUUGGGAGCCUCUACUUGCAACGGUUCACGUGACGGAUCAAAGCAGCCAUUAGAUCCAAAGAUACUAGAAGCCAUCCGAAGUCACUGCUUCAAACUCUUCCCUCUGUCAAAGGAGAAGAGAAUGUCAAAGAUUCAUGGCAAAAGAUGGCUAAGGUCAUCACUGACAAAUGCCUUGCAUGUAGAAAGAAGAACGUUGAAUAGUCAGUUACUUUUUGUAGAGUCGAGACUGUUCAGUUCAAUAGUGAAGUAUGGGUGA